GGCACUGCCGAGACUCCCGGGAGUUUGGAUAUCAGUUUACAGUAGCCUUCAGCAAAUAAUCCGUCAGAGAUCCACCCAUUGCAUUUCCCCCUUCCUUUCUCACUGAAGUCCUCCCCAGCCUUCUCUCCUGGGGCGGUGCGGCUGGAGCUCCAGCGCCCAUGUCUCCUUAACUUCGUUUGCUGAAACUUGCUCUCUUCCCAUUCAGAGCCAUGCUUCGUGUGAUUGUGGAAUCUGCCAGCAAUAUCCCUAAAACGAAAUUUGGGAAACCGGAUCCUAUUGUUUCUGUUAUUUUUAAGGAUGAGAAAAAGAAAACAAAGAGAGUUGAUAAUGAACUCAACCCUGUCUGGGAUGAGAUUUUGGAAUUUGACUUGAGGGGUAUACCACUGGACUCUUCAUCUUCCCUCAGAAUUGUUGUGAAAGAUUUUGAGACAGUUGGACAAAAUAAAUUGAUUGGCACGGCCACUAUAUCCCUGAAGGACCUGAUUGGCAACCAAAGCAAGUCACAGCCAUACAAACUGACCUCACUGUUAAACGAAAAAGGGCAAGAGACUGGGGCCACCAUCGACUUGGUGAUCCGCUAUGAUCCACCUUCAACGUCACAUCCAAAUGACCCCAGUGGGACCAGCAUGUCAGGCAUGGAAGGAGAAGAGGAGGAAGAUGGAGGUGAGGAAGACAGGCUGGACAACACGGUCAGUGGCCCUGGGCCCAGAGGGCCGAGCGGGACCACGUCGGGAGCUCAGCUUGCCCAGAGGCUCACGAAAAGGAAGAACAGCCGGCGGAUGCUGUCCAACAAGCCACAGGACUUCCAGAUCCGUGUCCGAGUGAUUGAGGGCCGGCAGUUAAGUGGCAACAACAUAAGACCUGUGGUCAAAGUCCACAUCUGUGGCCAGACACACCGAACAAGAAUCAAGAGAGGGAACAACCCAUUUUUUGAUGAGUCUGAAAAGCAUGACCGUGAUAAUGACAGUGAUGACGUGGAGAGCAACUUGUUACUCCCUGCUGGCAUCGCCCUCCGGUGGGUGACCUUCUUGCUGAAAAUCUACCGAGCAGAGGAUAUCCCCCAGAAGAAUCCUAAAGAGAGGUCAGCAGUUUGCACGAAUAUAAUUGAGAAAAAUGCAAACCCUGAGUGGAACCAAGUCAUUAACCUUCAAAUCAAGUUUCCUUCAAUGUGUGAAAAAAUAAAACUAACAAUAUAUGACUGCAUAGAAUUGGAAAGGGCCAUAGAGAAAUAUCAGCGAAGGCGGAAGUACAGCCUGUCUGCUGUGUUCCAUUCGGCCACCAUGUUGCAGGAUGUUGGUGAGGCAAUUCAGUUUGAAGUCAGCAUUGGGAACUAUGGGAACAAGUUUGACUCAACCUGUAAGCCUUUGGCAUCAACCACUCAAUACAGCCGUGCCGUAUUUGAUGGGAACUACUAUUAUUACUUGCCUUGGGCCCACACAAAGCCAGUUGUUACCCUGACUUCAUACUGGGAGGAUAUUAGUCAUCGCCUGGAUGCUGUGAACACUCUCCUAGUCAUGGCAGAACGGCUGCAAUCAAACAUAGAGUCUCUAAAAUCAGCGAUACAAGGUAAAAUUCCUGCACACCAGCUGGCUGAACUGUGGUUGAAGCUGAUUGAUGAAGUUAUAGAAGACACAAGAUACACGUUGCCUUUCAUGGAAGGAAAACCUAAUGUCACAAUUCUAGAUAGUCAAAUCCGAAAGUUGCGGUCUAGAUCGCUCUCCCAGAUUCAUGAGGCAGCUGUGAGGAUGAGGUCUGAGGCCACAGAGGUGAAGCCCACACUGGCGGAAAUUGAGGACUGGCUUGAUAAAUUAAUGCAACUGACUGAAGAGCCUCAGAACAGUAUGCCUGACAUUAUCAUCUGGAUGAUCCGUGGAGAGAAAAGACUGGCCUAUGCACGCAUUCCCGCCCAUCAGGUUUUAUACUCCACCAGUGAGGAGAAUGCAUCUGGGAAAUACUGUGGGAAAACCCAAACCAUCUUUCUGAAGUAUCCGAAGGAAAAAAACAAUGGACCAAAGGUGCCUGUGGAGUUGCGAGUGAACAUCUGGCUGGGCUUAAGUGCUGUUGAGAAGAAGUUCAAUAGAUUCGCAGAAGGAACGUUCACCGUCUUUGCUGAAAUGUAUGAAAAUCAAGCUCUUAUGUUUGGAAAAUGGGGCACUUCUGGAUUAGUGGGUCGUCAUAAAUUUUCUGAUGUCACAGGAAAAAUAAAACUCAAGAGGGAAUUCUUUUUGCCUCCAAAAGGCUGGGAAUGGGAAGGAGACUGGAUAGUCGAUCCUGAAAGAAGCUUGCUGACUGAGGCUGAUGCGGGUCAUACGGAGUUCACAGAUGAAGUAUAUCAGAAUGAGAGUCGCUUCCCUGGGGGCGACUGGAAGCCAGCUGAGGACACCUACACUGAUGCGAACGGUGAUAAAACGGCAUCACCCAGCGAGCUUACAUGCCCUCCAGGUUGGGAAUGGGAAGAUGAUGCAUGGGUAUAUGAUAUAAAUCGUGCAGUGGAUGAGAAAGGCUGGGAGUAUGGAAUUACCAUUCCUCCUGAUACUAAGCCCAAAUCCUGGGUUGCAGCAGAGAAAAUGUAUCAUACACAUAGACGGCGAAGGCUGGUCCGAAAACGAAAGAAAGAUUUAACACAAAGCACUUCAAGUACUGCACGGGCCAUGGAAGAAUAUGAAGACCGGGAGGGCUGGGAAUAUGCUUCUUUAAUUGGCUGGAAAUUUCACUGGAAACAGCGUAGUUCAGAUACCUUUCGCCGCAGACGCUGGAGGAGAAAAAUGGCUCCUUCAGAAACUCAUGGUGCAGCUGCCAUCUUUAAACUUGAAGGUGCCCUUGGUGCAGACACUACUGAGGAUGGAGAUGAAAAAAGCAUGGAAAAGCAGAAGCACAGUGCCACCACUGUGUUUGGAGCAAACACUCCCAUUGUUUCCUGUAAUUUUGACAGAGUCUACGUUUACCAUCUGCGCUGCUAUAUCUACCAAGCCAGAAACCUCAUGGCUUUAGACAAGGAUAGCUUUUCAGAUCCAUAUGCUCAUGUCUCGUUCCUCCAUCGAAGUAAAACCACUGAGAUCAUCCACUCCACUCUGAAUCCCACGUGGGACCAAACAAUUAUAUUUGAGGAAAUUGAAAUCUAUGGGGAACCCCAGACAGUCCUACAGAACCCACCCAAAGUUAUCAUCGAACUUUUUGACCAUGACCAAGUGGGCAAAGAUGAAUUUUUAGGACGAAGCAUGUGCUCUCCUCUGGUGAAACUAAACUCAGAAAUGGACAUCACGCCCAAACUUCUCUGGUACCCCGUAAUGAAUGGAGAUAAAACCUGUGGAGACGUCCUUGUAGCUGCAGAACUGAUUAUGAGGCACAAGGAUGGCUCCAACCUUCCCAUUCUUCCCUCACAGAGGGCACCAAAUCUAUACAUGGUGCCCCAGGGGAUCAGGCCUGUGGUUCAGCUCACUGCUAUUGAGAUUCUAGCUUGGGGCUUAAGAAAUAUGAAGAACUAUCAGAUGGCUUCCAUCGCAUCCCCCAGUCUCAUUGUGGAGUGUGGAGGGGAAAGGGUGGAAUCAGUGGUGAUUAAAAACCUUAAGAAGACACCCAACUUUCCAGGUUCUGUCCUCUUCAUGAAAGUGUUCUUGCCCAAGGAGGAACUGUACAUGCCUCCGCUGGUGAUCAAGGUCAUCGACCACAGGCAGUUUGGGCGGAAGCCCGUCAUUGGCCAGUGUACCAUCUACCACCUGGACCGUUUUCGCUGCGACCCUUAUGCAGGAAAGGAGGAUAUUGUACCACAGCUCAAAGCCUCCUUUCUUUCUACCCCACCCAGCCGGGAUGUCAUUAUUGAAGUAGAAGACACAAAACCAUUACUGGCUUCAAAGCUGACAGAAAAGGAGGAAGAAAUCGUUGACUGGUGGAGUAAAUUUUAUGCUUCCCUGGGGGAACAUGAAAAAUGUGGACCAUAUAUUCAGAAAGGCUAUUCUAAACUCAAGAUAUAUGAUUGUGAACUAGAGGAUGUAACAGAAUUUGAGGGCCUGACAGACUUCUCAGACACUUUCAAGCUGUAUCGUGGCAAAUCAGAUGAGAAUGAGGACCCUUCUGUGGUAGGAGAGUUUAAGGGCUCCUUUAGAAUCUACCCCCUGUCGGAUGACCCCAGCGUGCCGGCCCCUCCCAGGCAGUUUCGGGAAUUACCUGACAGCGUCCCACAGGAAUGCACGGUUAGGAUUUACAUUGUUCGAGGCUUAGAGCUCCAGCCCCAGGACAACAAUGGCUUGUGUGACCCUUACAUAAAAAUAACACUGGGCAGAAAAGUAAUUGAAGAUCGAGACCACUAUGUCCCCAACACACUCAACCCGGUUUUUGGCAGAAUGUAUGAACUGACCUGCUACUUACCUCAAGAAAAAGACCUGAAAAUUUCUGUCUAUGAUUACGACACCUUUACCCGUGAUGAAAAAGUGGGAGAAACGAUUAUUGAUCUGGAAAACCGAUUCCUUUCCCGGUUUGGGUCCCACUGCGGCAUACCUGAGCAGUACUGUGUUUCUGGAGUAAAUACCUGGCGUGAUCAACUGAGACCCACACAAUUGCUUCAAAAUGUAGCCAAAUUCAAAGGCUUCCCACCACCCAUCCUUUCCGAAGAUGGAAGUGGAAUCAGAUACGGAGGACGAGACUACAGUUUGGAUGAAUUUGAAGCCAACAAAAUCCUGCACCAGCACCUCGGGGCCCCUGAUGAGCGUCUUGCCCUUCACAUCCUCAGGACUCAGGGGCUGGUCCCUGAACAUGUGGAAACAAGGACUUUGCACAGCACCUUCCAGCCCAACAUCUCCCAGGGAAAACUUCAGAUGUGGGUGGAUGUCUUCCCCAAGACUUUGGGGCCACCAGGCCCUCCUUUCAACAUCACACCCCGGAAAGCCAAGAAAUUCUACCUGCGUGUGAUCAUCUGGAAUACCAAGGAUGUUAUCUUGGACGAGAAAAGCAUCACAGGAGAGGAAAUGAGCGACAUCUAUGUCAAAGGCUGGAUUCCUGGCAAUGAAGAAAACAAACAGAAAACAGAUGUCCAUUACAGGUCCUUGGAUGGCGAAGGGAAUUUUAACUGGAGAUUUGUUUUCCCGUUUGACUACCUCCCAGCUGAACAACUCUGUAUUGUUGCUAAAAAAGAACAUUUCUGGAGUAUUGACCAAACUGAAUUUCGGGUGCCACCCAGACUGAUCAUUCAGAUAUGGGAUAAUGACAAGUUUUCUCUGGAUGACUACUUGGGUUUCCUGGAGCUUGAUUUGCAUCACACCAUCAUUCCAGCAAAAUCAUCAGAGAAAUGCAACUUGGACAUGAUUCCGGAUCUCAAAGCCAUGAACCCCCUUAAAGUGAAAACCGCCUCACUCUUUGAACAGAAGUCCAUGAGAGGAUGGUGGCCAUGCUACGCAGAUAAAGAUGGCUCCCGUGUGAUGGCUGGGAAAGUGGAGAUGACGUUGGAAGUCCUCAAUGAGAAGGAGGCCGACGAGAGGCCAGCCGGGAAGGGACGGGAUGAACCCAACAUGAACCCCAAGCUGGACCUACCAAACCGCCCAGAAACCUCCUUCCUCUGGUUCACCAACCCAUGUAAGACCAUGAAGUUCAUCGUGUGGCGCCGGUUUAAGUGGGUCAUCAUCGGCCUGCUGAUCCUGCUGAUCCUGCUGCUCUUCUUGGCCGUGCUGCUGUACUCCUUGCCGAACUAUUUGUCAAUGAAGAUUGUGAGGCCAAAUGCAUAAUGAAAGCAAAGGCUUCUUUUCAAGAGUCAUCCAGCAACGAGAGAAUCCUGUCUCUGUUUAUGGACCAAAAUCAAAAGUGAUUUUCUUUGUGUCUGAGACUACAUUCCAGGGGCAGGUUACAAUAUUUCACUGAGUCCCAGCAGUUCCCAGAGGGUCUAGGUCCUGGAAAGUCAGGCCAACCAGCAACAUUUUAAUCUUGUUACCUUUUGAAGUAUUAAAAUUUUUGAAGUAUUAAAAUUUUUACCAUGUUUUUCGGACUAUUUUUCAAGGUGGCUGGUUCCAUUUAAAUAUUGACUUUUUUUUUAAUGUGUCCUUGAUUCUGUUGUUCUAUAAUUCAAUUUUUGGAAAUUGCUGAAAUUGAAUUUGAAAAUUUCUGCAUCUUAACUUCACAUACUUUUUACUUGUAAUCAACGAAAAGGACUGACUGUGCAUUAUGAAAACAGAAUAGUUAGAGUCACUUAUUUAUGCCUGAAACCAUUGUUAUGAUAUUUUAUAUGGAUAAAUGUCAUGAGAUUCUAUUCAACUUCCAUGAUAAAUUCAAAUAAAAAUAUUUCACCUUUAACACAUAGCUGUUUGUUUUAGCUGUGGGCUGAGUUAGGAAGGAGGCAAUUUCUAGUCCUCUGGAUCUCAGUGGAUGAAAUGUCAUGGUAUACCACUUGGCCAUAAACCCUUUAUAGGUGUGAUGCCAAAUUUUGGCCAAUAGGUCAAACUGAGGCUAAGAUAAUGAAUAGUAAAAGCUAACACUCAUUAAAAGUGCUUAUUCUAUGUGCAGCAUUGUUUUAAGUGCUUUAUGUCUAUUAACUUGUUUAAUCCUCAAGGUAACCCUAUAAAGGUAACAUUCUUAACCCUAUUUUACAGUUGAAGACGUUAAGGCAGAAAGAGGCUAAGUAACUUACCAGUGCCACACAACCAAUAAAUGGUAGAGCUGGGAUUUGAA